AUGAGACCUUUCUAUGAUUCUGAUAUAGUAGUCAAUUUUACGCUUUCAGAAGAAGCAAUACAAAACGAAAAAAGGAUUAUUGAAAAUAAUAGAAUAGUAGUACGUGAUUGCCACAAACAAAAACUAAUAAGUGAAGGGAAAAAAAAUUGGGAUAAAUUUUAUAAUCAUUAUAAAACGAAUUUUUUUAAAGAUAGGAAAUGGAUAAAAGUUGAAUUUGAUCAUAUCUUUAAAGAAAAUUUAAAAUAUGAAAAAAAAAAUAAUCAUGAUAUUGAAAUGUUAAAAAGAGAUGACGAAAAAGAUUUAAAAAAGAAGUUAAUUUUAGAAAUCGGAUGUGGUGUAGGAAACUCAUUAAUUCCUCUUUUAAUAGAAUAUCAUGAUUUUGAUUUUAUAGGAAUUGAUUUCUCCAAAAAUGCUAUCAAUUUUUUAAAUGAGAAAUGGAAAAAAAUUGUAAAUAUUAAUAACAAAUUAAAAGAUGAAAAAUUAACAGGAGAUACAGAAGAUUUAUUAAACAAUGAUUUAAUUAAUGUCAAAAAGAUGGUUAGCCAUGAAAAUAAUUUAUUAUGUGACCAUAUAAAAAAUAAUGAUGCAAAUAGUUAUUACGAAGAGUCUAAUAUUUAUGAUAAUGAAACUUCUGAGGAGGAAAAUUCAUCAAAUAUUUGUGAAUUGAAAAGUUAUAAGAAAUUAGGAAAUUUAAUUAAAACAUGUGUAGUAGACAUAACAGCUGAUGACACGCCAACAAAUAUAUGUGAAUUAGAAACAGUUGAUAUUAUUUUGCUUAUUUUUGUUUUAUCUUCAGUACAACCUGAUAAAAUGAAAAAUGUAAUCAAUAAUUCUUACAAAUAUUUAAAAAAAGGAGGAUAUGUUUUAUUAAGGGAUUAUGGAUUAUACGAUUUAGCACAAGUGAGAUUUGCUAAUAAAAGAGAAAAAAAAAUAUCUGAAAAUUUUUAUGUAAGGGGAGAUAAAACAUUUGUUUACUUUUUUAGAAUAGAAGAAUUACGUGAUUUAUUUUGUCAAAAUAGUUUAUUUGAAGAAAUAGAAAACAAAUAUAUAACAAGAAUUGUUAAAAAUAGAAAAAGAAAUAUUGAAAUGAAAAGAAUUUGGGUACAAUCCAUUUUUAAGAAAGUUUAA